AUGGAGACGAGCGACACUCAAUCGCCCGAGACGCAGACGACCGAGCCAAUGCUUGUGAAGGAUAUUGCAGUAAAAAAGGUCGAAGUUAUUUCCAAGAGCCAGUUGAAAAAACUGCGUCGCAUGGAGCGAGAUCCAGUGGAGCGUCAAGCGAAGAAGCGAAAGUCCAAGCGAGACGCCAAAAACAGCAACCGCUUCCAGGCCGAAGCGCCCAAAUACUUGCUUGCUAACGGUUAUCGGAUGGUGGAGCCAUAUGUGUACGAGUUCCGCACAUUUGCAAAGGCGAGAUGGUUCCAUCGUGAGUUGCUGGAGAUUUUCAUCAAGGAAUUUGGUGCCAAUUCACCAGAAUAUUAUAAAUUUGCCAUCGCAUCGGGACGCAUCUCAGUGAACCGUAAGAUCGUACCGGUAGAUACAAUCAUCAAGAACGGAGACUUGAUCAUUCAUACGAAGGCUCAUCGUCAUGAGCCGCCAGUGUCUGGAGACGAUGUGUCAGUGGUAUAUGAGAACGACGAUCUGAUUGUCGUGUCAAAGCCGCCUUCCAUGCCCACCCACCCGUGUGGUGCGUAUCGCCAUAACUCAUUGCACUCAAUUCUACAAGCAACCCGACCGGAUCUUCCACAACUAAACAUCGUUCAUCGCCUCGAUCGACUCACGUCUGGUGUUGUGCUCCUAGCGAAGAAUGCGGCCAAGGCGAAGGCUUUGUCAAUGCUUAUCGCUGAUCGUCAGGCUUCCAAGACGUAUCUUGCGCGUGUGCGUGGAAAAUUUCCGGCCAUUCUUGAUUCAGCAGCCGAAGAAAUGCUAGUGAGUAAAGCAAAAGCAAAGUGUCUGGCUAGUGUGAUUACGUUCCCAGAAGUAGGCGCAAUUCUCAUUAGCUGCCCACUUCGCUGUCUCUCUGCUCGUGACGGGGUGUGGGAGUGCCAUGAGGAGGGCAAACCAUCGGAGACUUUAGUGCGACUUGUUCGUGUAGACAAAGCGACUAGUCUUGUGAAAUGCCAGCCGGUCACAGGCAGAACGCACCAAAUCCGUUUACACUUGCAGCUCAUUGGGUUCCCAAUUGCCAAUGACCCCUGCUAUGGUGGAGAGCUACACUUUGGCGAAAGCGUAGAGCGUGUCGAGGAGAUAGCAGCUGCCAAGCGCAGCAAAGCUGUUCUUCCGCCGAAGGAUCCUGUGGAUUUUUCAACACCACGAAAAGAGAACGAAAGCGAAGAAGAGUUUAUAAAACGGACUUGCACAUGGUGCUACGUUGGGGAAUCGGAAGCUUUUAAUGAAACACAGCUGCAUUGCUCAAAGAUCUGGCUACAUGCACUCGAGUACAAGCUUGAUGGCGAAGUGUUCAAAGUACCUGAACCGAGUUGGGCUGCACCUUCCUGUAAGCACUAG